GAUUUAGAAUCUCACUGUGCCAAAACCCAAAAGUGCAUAAAAGAAAAACAUGAAAGCUUUCUCAUUUUCAGUGUUCAGCCUCAUGGUGAGACAGAACAAAUCAAAAGCCAUGCACAAAACUACCUCCCCAGAGAAAGGCUGGUCCCUUUCCCUCCCCGUCAACUUCACCAUGAACGUAGUAGAAAAUAGCAUCUUCCUAUCAAAUCUGAUGAAAAGUGCCAACACGUUUGAACUGAAGUAUGACUUGUCCUGUGAACUGUACCGGAUGUCCACAUAUUCCACGUUCCCCUCUGGGGUUCCUGUCUCAGAACGGAGUCUUGCUCGUGCUGGUUUCUAUUACACUGGUGUGAACGACAAGGUCAAAUGCUUCUGUUGUGGCCUGAUGCUGGAUAACUGGAAACAAGGAGACAGUCCUAUUGAAAAGCAUAAAAAGUUGUACCCCAGCUGCAGUUUUGUUCAGAGUCUAAAUUCAGUCAACAAUGUGGAAACCACCCCUCGGCCUUCUUUUUCUUCUUCAGCAACAAAUUCUGCACCUUCGUUUCUCCCAAGUCUGGAAAACAGUGUCUAUUUCAGUGCCUCUUAUGAAAGCUUUCCAUCAAAUCCUGUGAACUUCAGAUCAAAUCAAGAUUUGUUUGCCUUCAGGACAAGUCCCUACCAGUGUGCAAUGAAUUCUGAGAACGCCAGGUUACUCACUUAUCAAGCGUGGCCACUGACCUUCCUGUCACCAACAGAGCUGGCCAAAGCUGGCUUUUACUACAUAGGACCUGGAGACAGAGUGGCCUGCUUUGCCUGUGGUGGAAAGCUAAGUAACUGGGAACCCAAGGAUGAUGCUAUGUCAGAACACCGCAGGCAUUUCCCCAGCUGCCCCUUUGUAGGAAAUCAGUUCCCAGACUCUUGGAGAUACUCUGUGUCCAACCUGAGCAUGCAGACGCACGCAGCUCGCUUCAAGACAUUCUUUAACUGGCCUGCAAGUGUUCUGGUUCAACCUGAGCAACUUGCCAGUGCGGGUUUUUAUUAUGUGGGUCACAGUGAUGAUGUGAAAUGCUUUUGCUGUGACGGUGGACUGAGGUGUUGGGAGUUGGGAGAUGAUCCCUGGGUGGAACAUGCCAAGUGGUUUCCAAGGUGUGAGUACUUGAUAAGAGUUAAAGGACAAGAGUUUGUGAAUCAAGUUCAAGCCAGUUUCCCUCAUCUGCUUGAGCAGCUGUUGUCCACAUCAGACACUCCAGAAGAUGAAAGUACAGAAUCACCAAUUGUUCGUUUUGGACCUGGAGAAAGUUCUUCAGAAGAUGCAGUCAUGAUGAAUACACCUGUGGUCAAGUCUGCUUUGGAAAUGGGCUUUAGUAGAAGCCUGGUGAAACAGACCGUGCAGAGUAAAAUCCUGACCACCGGGGAGAACUACAAAACCGUCAGCAGUCUCAUAGUGGACUUACUUAAUGCAGAGGAUGAAAUAAGGGAAGAGGCGAGCGAGAGAGCAUCCGAGGAAAAAGAAUCGGAUGAUCUAAUGCUAAUCCGGAAGAACAGAAUGGCACUUUUUCAACAUUUGACUUGUGUAGUUCCAAUUUUGGAGAGUCUACUAACUGCAAGUGUGAUCGAUGAACAAGAGUGUGACAUUAUUAAACAGAAGACACGGGCUUCUUUACAAUCAAGAAAACUGAUCGACAUUAUUUUAAUCAAGGGAAAUAUUGCAGCCACUAUCUUCAAGAACUCUCUGAAAGAAACUGACCCCAUGUUAUAUAAUCGCUUAUUUGUGCAACAGGACAUAAAGUAUAUUCCCAGAGAUGCUUCAGAUCUACCAAUGGAAGAACAGUUGAGGAAACUGCAAGAAGAAAGGAUGUGCAAAGUGUGUAUGGACAGAGACGUGUCCAUUGUGUUCAUUCCUUGUGGCCACUUAGUAGUGUGCAAAGACUGCGCUCCCUCCCUGAGAAAAUGCCCCAUUUGCAGAGGAACCAUCAAGGGGACGGUUCGCACGUUUCUCUCAUGAAAUAGAUUCAAAGCUUUGUCUGAACUCUAGAAUUAAUGGAUUAACUAUAUUAUAAUUUUAACUUUAAACUCAUUUGGUUUCCUAAAGUUUUUUUUUUUAUUU